AUGCCGACGCUCUUACACCCGUGGAUGUGCUCUUCAUGCCCCAAGAACUUCACUCGUAAGGGUGAUCUUACUCGCCACCAGCAGCUGCAUACCGGAAUCAAGCCACACAUCUGCGAAUCAUGUGGAAAGGGGUUUGCCCAGUAUUCGGGCCUCAAGACGCAUCGCAACACACACACCAAGGCCAAACCUUACGUGUGUGGCAUUGGUACUUGUACGAAGGCGUUCAGUGAUCCCUCGUCUUGCACUCGCCAUCGAAAGGAAACUCACAGACGCGAGGGCGCGUACAAGUGCACUGUACCAGAAUGUGGCACGAGAAUUAAACGGCGAUCCGCUUUUGUCGCACACAUGAAGAAGCAUGGAAUCGAUGCCCGCACACUAGACUUGAAUGCCAUCGCCUCGUCGGCAGAUAAGAACAAUUCCCAAGAGUCCGACUUCCAUUUUUUGCCUCCCUUCGUAUCCGAUGCUCCUUACCAGCCUCCUUCAGGGACGGGCUCGAAAACUGCUGUUGCACAUUGGAAUCCCCCUGCUCCGAUGCCGACGAGCAAUUACCAGACGUUCGUUCCUCAGUAUGGUGGGGCCUCCGGCGUGGCUGACGGCAUGUAUGAGUAUACUUGGCCGUCCGAAACUGGCACUGGACAACCUAUUCCUUCGUCCGUACCCGCGCCAGUGCCGUCUGCGUGCCCUCCUACACAUAUCGACGAUUCCAUUUUCGACGCCGGAUACGACGGAUACUUACAAUCCAAUGACACGUUCUCUCGGUUACCCUCUCCGUACGCAUCAGUGACGCCGCAUUUGCCACCUCUUCUGGACGGCUUCACAGACUGUCUUGGAUCUCGCAUGCGAUCGCUGUCCUCUUCACCGGCCACGUCUUCUAGCUCUGCACUGGAUGCUCCUUUGGAUUAUGCAUUCUUGGACCACAACGCACUCUUUGACCACAAUGCACCGAACCCAUACCUUUUGUUCAGCACCGCUUGA